ACUAAAUAUUUCAGUCAUUAAGAAAUGGGGAUGUUGUCAAGAUAUAUCAAACCCAAUUUUUUGGGUUUAUUAAAGUUUUUGAACAGCAUACAUUGGUUUAUUGUAUUCUUUAGUUUAAUUAACCUCUCAGUAUGCAUCUACGAAGAUCAAAUAGGAAAAUUCGAUUGGCGUCAAAGUUAUGUGGGGCGUAUAAAGUUCGCUCAAUUUGACACGGUCUCGACCGCCAAGAAACUCAUAGUAGCCACAGAAGAGAAUGUUUUGGCUGCCCUGAAUCUCAAGACUGGUCAGGUAGUAUGGAGGCAUGUAUUUGAGAGUGCGUCUACAGGCAACAUCCAGUUGCUUCAUGUCACAGAGAAGGUGGUCACAGUGACAGGAGCCAACCCUUACUUGGUGAGAGGGUGGGACGCUUCCACAGGUGUCCUUCUCUGGGAGUGGUCCCUAACACUCCAGAAUGACGAACAUUCAGAGUUCUCUGAGUGGUGGGUCCACCAGGGCAUGCUGGUACACAUGUUGCCAGUGUUUGGCUCACACUUGGAGGUCACAAUGUACCAACUUGUUACUGGACAAAACAGAGGGUCCACUUCAAAACUACCUGCAGUUUGGACCAAUGAUGGAUGUGUACUAUCAAAACCAUACUACACCUGCAUAUCAGGCAGCCAUGAAAGCCAACUCCUUCUGUCCGUUGAUGUCACAUCUAAUGCAGUGCAGAUCAUCAGCGAACCCCUCUCAAAGUACAUUAGCACAAAUGAAGGAUACCUGAGGCCUUUAGAUGGGAACAGUAUAGUCCCAGGAUUUGUGAUAGAUGACCAGAAGAUCAUGGUGCUUGAGAAUAACCAGUUUGUGCCAGUUAAUGUGGCGAUUGAAGAUAAGUCAGCCAGUAUUACGAUUACUGACAGUGGCAGUGGGCCACUUGUGGUGCAGACAUGGAACGAUGAUGCAAAGGGUCUAUCACUAUCAGCUCAUGUAUUAUCAUCUGGUCGCGUGGUGCCGGAGAUCAGCAUCUCCGACGACUCGCUAUCCAUCCCCGAGCCUGAAAUAUCCACCGUGAUGUGCACCAAGACGGCGCGGGAGCAGCACGCUUGCAGGAUAUUGGUUACGGGCGUUGAUGAUGCUUCACAUCUGCUGCAGCAGGGAGGUCGUACGUUGUGGACGCGGGAAGAAUCGCUCGCGAACGUGGUAGCGGUGGAGUUCGUAGAUCUGCCCGUGUCCGAUUUAGACGCCGCCAUUGAGUCCGAAUUCGAUCAGAAAGAAGGUUCCAUAUGGGCGGCGUUCACGCGACGCAUCCACACGCAACUCCAGCAGUUGCAGACGUUGAUAAACGCGCUGCAGAGGGGCGAGACCAGCGCCGACGACGACUCCUCAGCGCUGGUGCGGGACUACUUCAACCUGCACAAGAUCAUGGUGCUCGUCACUGAUGUUGGCAAGAUAUUCGGAAUGGACAAUUUGUCCGGUGAAAUAUUAUGGAAGAUGUACGAGCCUAACUUGGAUACGGAGAAUGUUCUAGUGUUCACCAGAAAGUCUGCGAGACGGACGCCGCACGAUGCAUAUCUCACUAUUGUGGGCAAAGAUGAGGAAGGUAACGGGCUGCUGUUGAACAUCAACCCGAUCCGCGGCAGUGCGCAGGCGCCGGGCGCGCUGCGGCUGCGCGCGCCGCUGCUGCAGGCCGCGCUGCACCACCACACGCGGGCAUUGGUGUUGCUCUACAGCGACGAGCAGGUCCAGAUAAUACCAGAAUCAGCAGCAGAACAAGUGAAGAACAUGUAUAUGUACGUAGCGGACAAAAAUACCGCGAAGGUGCAGGGAUACGCAAUCGUAUACAAUGGAGAGAAGGUAACGGCGCAGAAGAUAUGGUCCCUGCAGCUGGGCGGCGAGCCGGCGGGCGGGCACCGCAUCGUGGCGGCCGUGGACAAGGGCAGCGAGCGCGUGCACUCGCCCGGCCGCGUGCUCGCCGACCGCAGCGUGCUCUACAAGUACCUCAACCCCAACCUCGUGCUCUUCGUCACCGAGGGACCCGACCCGCUGCACAAAGAUAUAGUAACAGCGACGUGCGUAGACGCCGUUUCCGGUGUGGUGAUCUUCUCGCAGGUGCACCGGCGUGCGCGUGCGCUGCCGCUCGCGCUGCACACCGACAACAUGAUGGCCUAUUUCUACCACAACGAUAAGCAUCGGAGAACUGAAAUUGCGUCGUUGGAGCUGUACGAGGGCAAGUCGCGCUGGUGGGAGCAGGGCGCGUGGGCGGCGGAGGGCGCGGGCGCGGUGGGGGGCGCGGCGCGGCGCGUGGUGGUGGAGCGGCGCGCGCACGUGGUGUCGGGCGCGGCGCGCGCGGCGGCGCGCACCACCACGCUGCGCGCGCUCACCGACGUGCACCUGCUGCUGUGGGUGUCAUCCGGCGCAUUAGUAGAGAUCCCUUGGGCGAUGCUGGAAGCCCGUCGAGCACUCCCGGGCGGUGAGCUAUCUCCUGAGUCGAUGGGCCCCCCACUGGCCCCUGAGCUGAUACUGGCCCCGGAGGCGGCCCUGUCCUACAACCUGACGCUCGCAAGGCCUAGGCAACUGCACGUUGCCGCCCCUGACUUGGAGUCCACCACGCUCGUACUGGCCACGGGAUUAGAUCUGUUCUACACCCGAGUGGCGCCGUCGAAGACCUUCGAUCUACUGAAGGACGACUUCGACUACUCUCUCAUCACGAUGGUCCUGUCAGGCCUCAUCCUCGCCUCCUACGCCACCAAGUACUUCGCCUCCAGGAAGAUGCUCAAAAUGGCCUGGAAGUGAUGUUACUGCUAGACCGCAUGCAGGGGAAUUUGAACUGUGCGCCUAUUGAGUUAAGGAGAGGUGAGAGACAUUGCGGAAGCGUUUCGAUAGUACGUCGGUAGUUACUAAGAAUUGUAUUUCUGUUUUUUUCAUUUAACUAGUACUUAUUUUAAAUCCUAUAUCACUGAUCACAAGUCAUUAAUGCUUUUUGAAUUUUAAGUAGUGGUGAAGUCUCAAAAGCUUUUGAAAAGCCUUGGUUCAUUGUUUUCAUAGCACCUUACCAAUUUUCAGGAAUACUCGAUAAAUCUAUUACUGUCAAAUGUGACCAAUAAUUACCUUCAUUUGCGAGCAGUGUAUUAUACGGUGGACUGGGUUCGGCCUUUUUUUUCAUCGUGCUUUAAAAAAAUCUUAUUUCUGCUUCAAUUUCAUAUAAUGUAGAAAUUAGAUAUCAAUAAUUUUUAUAAUAAAGUGAUAAUCGGUGUAAUAAUUGGAAUUGAAUUUCCACUGCCAUAUUAAUAUUGCACAGGGCAAAUUCCUCUCAUAAUGAACUUUUAAAUAAAUUAUAUUAUAUAUAAAUAAAUAUUAUUAUAUAGUUUGUGUUCGUGAGUAGUGAGUGUUUACAAAUAAGUGAAUUAAAAGCCAAUAUUGGCAAUAUUCGAGGCUUGUCAAGCUCGUAUGAAGUGAUUCUAUAAAAUAUAUACAGAGUGUUGCUCAAAGGUGGUAUAUUUAAAACUCAUUAAAACUAAAAUGAAUGGUAAAGUUUUGGUUAAGAUUCUUAUCAUUGCUUUAAUGACUUCCUAAUAAGUUGUCUCGAAACUGUAGGAUCAAGUAAACUAACAAAGCUAUCCCUCUUUGUAAUAUAUAAGUACUUUUCAGUCAUAUUCUCCAUUAACUUUACCAGAAGCUACAAAUAGUUCCCACACAUUGUUUACCACCUUUCUGCAACAUUUUGUAUAAAAUAUUUAGACCCAAAAGUUAAAGGAGCUCUUCACAUUGCAACGGGUCUACAAACUUUAAUUGUACGGACAAUUCAUCUAGCUAUGCUUGUUAUGUACGAAGAAACACGAUAAAAACCGUUGCAAGGCGUCCCUUUAGCUAUAGCUAUAUUUCACGGUUCAACUUCGGUCCCAUGGUUACUUAUCUUUAUUUUAUAGUAAUGUAUUCAUUAGGCUACAAUUAAUACGAUGUUGCUCAAAAUAUAGCAAGGAAUGGUGACCAGUCUAAAAACUUAUGACUAUAUAGCGUAUUUUAGCACUAUUGCUCGUGUUGCAACUCAACUGUGGCCUAAUGAAUGCAUGACUUACAGUCGAAUAACUGAGGCCGUAACUAAAAUGCCUCUAAAAUCAUUAACGGCAAUCGAAUUCAGAAAAAAAACUAUGGCAUUGACAUAGUAUCCAUAAUUCUAUCGUUAGAUAUGUCAUUCUCCUAUAUAAUGUUAGCGUUAACGAUUGUAAAAAGGCAUAUUGGGUACGGGCCCUGAUAAAUGUUUAUAUUUUUGGUUUUCUGCCCCUCGUCUAUGAUAGACUUUUGAAGAAUAGUUGACUUUCAUUUAAGAGGUAAUCGUUGCGUACGUUAUACAGGUGUUCCAAAAAUUCGGUAUACGGAGAACGGUAACUAAUUGGGGUUUUAGGUAAAGAACAUGUAUAAUGUGAAGUUUUAUUUUUGCAUAAGAUGAUUUUGCGAUUUGUGACGUAAAAUAUUUGCAAGUUAAAUCAUCGUCGAAAUAGCUAGCAAAACAAUGAUAAACAACGUGUACCUAUCUAUUUUCUUCAUAGUUAAUAGACACUACGAAAUUAUCUUAAAACAAAAAAAAAAUCUAUCAUUUUACUAGUGAACUACCAUAUUACUUCCCAAUCCUUGAUACCACUUUUUGGCAACAACCUGUAUAACAAGAAUUUUACUAUCGGACGAGAGCAAUAAAAUUCAUAUACACUAUAGAUAAUACUUUGAAUUACUUAUGAUCAUUUUUCUACUGAAUUCACGGGUGGGUGUGGAAUAAAUGUAAGUAUUGAACAUAACGGUACGCGGUAUAUAUAAGUGGUUACAUGUAAAGAUUAGCUAGUGCAAUUUAGAUGUAUGAUUUAUUUAUGUCAUUAUUUGUAUAUGGUUAGAGAUACGAGUCCAUUCCAUCUCCUAACAUGUUUCUUGACGUAUUUGUCAAACUGUUUGUUUCCUUUACAGUGUACAACAGCAAAAUGAGAUGUUAAAUUAAAUGCAAGUUUUAUUGUAAAAAAAAUAUUCAUGUAGUUCAGAUUUCAGAAAAUGCACAUAAAUUUAUUGACAAACGUCUUACCCCCUUAUUCAUAGACGUUAUUUAUCUAAGGACGGAGCAUAUCUGUGAUAACAAGUCUGUUUCUCAGCUUUGUUUAUUUGCCAGCCAAUUAGAUACAAGUUGUAUCUCAAUAUGAGCCAAUCACAACGGCCCUAUGUCUACGCACUGCGAAUGCUGCCAUGCCGUCAGCACUGAGAAACAGACUUGUUAUCACAGCAAUGCUCUGUCCUUAGAUGAAUAAAGUCUAUGAAUAAGGAGGUUACUAUAUAUAAUGGAGGUGUUGCAUACAACUUGAUUUGUGUCAAUAUCCUGAUCGUUGUUAUUCUUAGCUUCAAAAUAUUUAACAAUUGUUAACAUUGAAGAAUAUUUGGCUAAUAUAUGUUUGAUAAUUGUUUUUCGCCUCUGCAUAUAAAAAAAAAUCAAUUAGCUAAUAUUUUUACACCAUUUUGACUCGUCUGACUUAUCUUUCUUUUUUGUACAGCACUAUUAUUCAGUUUAUUACGUCUAGAAGAAAACUAACGCUAAAUGUUCAAGUCUCGUUAUAUUUUCAGUGACCAUUACUAUAAAAAUAGGUCUAUUUAUAAUCUAGAUAUAUUUUAGAAAUAGACUCCCUAUUUUUAUCUAAUAAAAAUAAUACAUUUUUUUUCAAUUAACAAACAUUUUUGUUGUUGUCGAGACUUGUGAGAAUAUUUAUUUUUAAACUAGAAAACCAAAUAUUUUCCUUGCAACAAUUCUCCUUCCAUUUUGCUUCGGUCCUUCGACCCGUCUUGUUGACACCUAGGACGUAAUUAAACGUCAAAAAACGAAUACCUUUAAAGUACUACUAAUCGUGAAUACGUUAUACAGUAAAAAAUGUUACCGUUUCUGUUUUUAUUUGUUGAGUUAUGUGUGAUUGUAAGUUAUUUAUAAUUUAAGUUGAUUUUGUCCGCUUUUGCACAUCUUUAAUUUGAUCGCGUUUACUAAAACUUUAUUGCUGUGGUCGGAAACAAUUGAAUUUAAUUUCCAUUACUAGCAUUUUUUUAUUUUAGAUGCUGAGUUGUCAUUUGAUUAGUGAAAAAUCCGUAUAUGUUUUAUGGUAAAAAAGAUCACUGUUAAAAUAUAUUAGGAAAUAAACUCAGCGAACGCGUUUCAGUAGUUCUACUCUGUUGGUAGCCCAAGUAGAACCAAAUAUUCCUAUCACUGAAAUGCAUUUUGUAAGAAUAAAGCAUUUCUAUUGGUCUUUGUUAGAUAUUAAAAUGUAACAGAUGGUAUAUGCAGGAAGCACUAUUAAUUAACUUUUGUGCACCACGUUUUUAUGUGGAAAAGCAACGGCGCUUACGUUGUUUAUUGUAAUAACGAUGGAAGAGUGCGUGAAAUCGGUAUGAUUCUAUGUAAAUCAGCAAUAAACGAUUCACUACAAAUUCGUAUUUCAUUUUCAGUGAGACGUGUAAAACAAAAGUAUUAAUAAAGAUGAAUGACUGCCAAA